CACCAUUAUAAUAUAAAGGAUCCGAUUGGCUCGUUUUGACCUGAAGCUGAAACCGUGUUUUCACAAUAUCCAUAGGAUGCAUUAUACAAACUUCCAAAAAACCAGCAGAGCCUCCAGCCCCAAUUUGAAUCGCCGCCUGCUUCAAAAGACCCAUAUUUUUGGAAUCCGAUUGAGGCAUUUUUAAAUCUUUUGAUUAAGCUCUUUUGUUAAGAUUGGACGAUGACGAUACGCCGAGUAGAAAGAUGGCAUCGGGCCCGACGAAAACCUCGAAAAAGGCCCUUUCGAGACUAUACUUCCGAAUAGUUGGACUGCUCGGAAUGUUGUUUCUCGGAUAUCUAGCCAUAGCAAGUGACUUAAAACCUCUUCACCUCGGCAGCAAAGCCAUUGAUAGCCUCGCAUUUUCCUUCAAUUUCCAAAAACCCUUUUACGUCGUAAUAAUCGAUGCCGGUUCCACAGGAAGUCGCGUAUUAGCUUUCGCAUUCCACAGCUCGAUCAUGAACGGAAAUCUCGUCCUAGACAGUGAACUCUUCCACCAAGAAAAGCCCGGGCUCAGUUCUUUUGCAAAUAAACCCAGCGAUGGGAUGAAAUCUCUUGAAAUUCUUAUCGAAAAAGCCAAGUCGGUGAUUCCUCAGUCUGCCUGGGCACACACCCCGCUUUUUAUGAAAGCCACCGCAGGUCUGCGUCUUCUUCCCGAGCAUAAAGCCAGCGCGAUUCUCGAGGAAUGCAGGAAAUUCUUGAAAAAGUGUGGCUUCCGCGUUUCCGAAAAUGCCGUCUCGAUCAUGGAAGGCACCGACGAAGGGAUUUUUUCCUGGUUCACGGUCAAUUUCCUCCUCGAUCGAUUCAGUUCUCAAAGUGCCAAGAGUACAGUUGCGGCCCUCGAUCUUGGCGGAGGAUCAACACAAAUUACCUAUGCACCCGAUGAGGAAAAUUUUAAGGAAUUGGAAAAGUAUAUUCACAGUAUCAGUGCUUUCAACAACAAUAUGAGCAUUUACACGCACAGUUAUCUGGGGAUGGGUCUGAUGGCUGCAAGAAAAGCGAUUUUGGUGCCGGAAAAACUGCCGAGAAAUGAAAAUGGGAUGAUCGAGGUGCGAUCGGAGUGUAUUAAUCCGAUAAUUAAAACAUCGUGGAGUUAUGGGGGAAAGGAGUAUGAAGUGAUGGGACCAGAAAAAGGGGCUUAUAAAAUUUUUAGGAACCAGAAUUUUGCCGGGGGCGAUGAAAACAGACCGAUUGUCAGGUUUAAGGAGUGCUUGAAUUUAGUCAAGAGGCAUACGGAUACGAUAGUGAAUAAACCAGUGGGACUCAACAAACACGAAAUUUAUGCGUUUUCGUAUUACUUCGAUAGAGCUACUGAGAUUGGACUAAUAGAUCCAUUUACCGGAGGAGAAGUCACAGUGGAUUCAUUUUAUAAAGCGGCACUUGAAACAUGUGAAUAUGCAAAUACAGAGCAGCCAUUUAUGUGCCUGGACUUAACUUUUAUUUAUUCAUUACUUCGAAAUGGAUUUGGCUUAGAACCCACAACAAAACUUUAUCUCUAUAAGAAGAUUACCGGCCACGAAUUGAGCUGGGCUUUGGGAUCAGCUUUUAGCGUAUUACAAACCGAACUUUGAUAUUCAUUAAAUGUAAAAUCUUAAAAUCCACAAAUUAUUCCAACGCAGAAAUUGAGAUUUGAUUUGGAAGGUAAUAUUCCGACGGUCAGGUGUUCUCUCGAUUUUAAUGCAUAUUACUUAUUAAAUCUAUGUGAUAUUGUUAAGUAUCCAGAAGAAAUAUUAUGUUUCGAAAACAUAACUUAGACUUAAGAUUUUUGAGUAAAAACCGUAAAAAUGUUCUUUUUUCAAGAUUUUUUUCCUCAUUUGAGAAACUAAAUUCUAUUCAUUAUGUAACUUUGCUCGACUUAUGAAACCUGUUUUUCUUAUUCAUACACUGAUAAUAUUUAACAAUAGUAGAACAAAUGAGACUUUUUUUUAUGGAUGCAUACAAUAAUCUCUAUAUCAAGACAAACAUUUUUGACUACUUUUACUCAAUUAAAAAAAAAAAAAUUUGUAACAAGAUACUUUUUAUACUUAAUUCUAUCACUUAUACUGUGGAUGAGUGUUGAUUAACAAAUGUCUUUUAAGAAACAAACGAUUUUAUAUUAAUGCGGAGACGGAAUUUAGACCCAGACAUAUCUUUAUUCCCAGAACCGAGUUAAAUUCCGAAAGUGGGUUUAAAUAGACAAAUUUAACUAGUCAAUAUUGUAUAUACUGCCAGGUGCUAUCAAUAUUACAAUCAAAAUAUUAAUAGUUGCAUAGUUUUCGCAUUUUUCGCAUCACAUAGGGAAAAAAAUGUUAAAUUAGUAUCUUAAGAAGGAAUUAAUUUAUGGAACAUAUCAAUCAAUUUUUCAUAGAUGUAAUCAAUUUUAUGUUCAAAUUAAUGUUAUCUUUUAAAUACAAAAUCGUUUUGAAUUUAUACGAGGUGCCAAUUUAGUGAAUGAGAAAAUAUAUUGCACAAAGUCUUUGCUUUUAAAAAAAGGGAUCGAAGAUUAGUGCCUUUUUAUAAGAAAAAAUGUAUGC